AUGGUGGCAUCAUACAAGAUUCAAUUUAGUUAUUGGUCUCGAUAUAAGAAAGUGCCAAGUGUUGCCGGGAGGAUUUUUAGUGGCAAUUUUUGGGAUUUUCUUAAGUUUAAGACCAAUUUUGCCUAUCAUUUAAAAACGAUUUACGAUGAUCCUAAGUUUGCUGAUACGCCUGCAGUGGGAGUGUAUGGUCUCUAUAAGCCCUGUUUGCUUCUCCGAGAGCCGGAACUGAUAAAAUCGGUGUUGGUACGUGACUUUGACAGUUUUCACAAUCGUUUUGGCGAAAUGGAUGUCAACAAUGAUCCCGUUGGCGCCCAUGCAAUGUUCUUUGCAACGUAUCCAAUAUGGAAGGACAUGCGUACCAAAUUGUCUCCCCUGUUUACCAGUGUCAAGAUGAAAAAUACAUUCCAACUUAUUCGAAUAGUUGCUGAGAAUCUUAACAGCCACCUGAACCGACAACACCCGGUAUAUCGAGUAGAAAUGAAGGACUUUUGUGCUCGAUAUAUGAUCGAUAUAGUAGCCACAACUUUGUUGGGAUUUCAGUCGAAUUGUCUAGAACAGCCCACAGAAGAACUAAACAACCAGAUACGCAAAUUAAGUGACUUUAGUUCUAGGCGAGCCUUCAAUUUGCUCAUUGCUUGCUUUGUACCCAAAUUGGCUUGGAUCUUUGGUUCGAAAUUGAUUUAUCCGGAAAAUGAAAAAUAUUUUAGGCAAAUUAUUCCCCAAGCAAUUGCUGAGCGAGAGUCCAGUGGAAAAAAUCGUUCUGAUUUGAUUGACUUUCUAGUCAAAGUAAAAGAGGAUACGAAGAAGCUUGGCAAAUACUUUAUGGAAUGCUUAAUUGCACAAGCGGCAGUAUUUAUUGUAGCAGGUUUCGAGACUUCAUCGUCGACCAUGUCAAAUGCCUUGCUCGAGUUAGCCAAAAAUCCGGAUAUUCAAAAGAAGCUAAAGCAAAUCAUAAGUUCCGCUUUUUCUAAGGCAUCCACGGAAGGAGUCACUUAUGAGGAUAUAGACAAAAUAGAAUAUUUGGAUAUGAUUAUAUCUGAAACAUUAAGAUUAUAUCCAGCAUUUCCUGCAUUGGAGAGAGUACACAACAAGCCACCGAACAAGAUGGAGCCCUAUAAUCUGCGGCCGUUCUGUGAUUAUUCAUUACCAGAUGGCAUGUCCGUGUUUAUAUCGACAUAUGGUAUUAACUAUGAUCCAAAGUAUUGGCCUAAACCUACCAAAUUCGAUCCGGAACGAUUUUCAGCGGAAAAUUAUAGUUAUUCGAACUCUGCCAUUUAUUUACCAUUUGGUAUGGGACCUCGCAAUUGCAUAGGAAUGCGUUUAGGAAUUAUGCAAGUGAAAUGUGGUCUACUGUAUUUGCUCAAGGAUCACCAUGUACGGAUAUGUGAAGACACUGUGCUUCAACCUGAGUUCGAUGCAAAGUCAAUAGUUUUACAGAUUAAAGGUGGAAUUAACUUGGAAGUUGUCAGAGAUGAAGUUUAGAUUAGUCUGUUUGCGCUUUCUUUUUCGGUCUUAAAUCUUAUUGAGAUUUUGUAUUAGUAAAUAAAAUAUUAAUCGCCUAUUCGUCGAUCUCUAAGUCAAACUCUCGUGAAACUCUAUUUACGCAAAACUUUAAGUACCUACUUUGUUAUAUUAAAAUAUAUUCGAUCAUGUUAAAAGGAAUUAAAAUUCAUCUAUUAUAAAUAAAAAAUCGACCAGAGUUAAAAAUCUGGACUUAAUAUUGACCAACAGGUUGUAAAAAUCUA